AUUGGAGUAAUGUAAGCGUCACAUCUGGAGCACAUGGCAGGUGACUUGAGCUUUAUCACCAUUAUUCCCAGGCGGCUUAUUCAUUUUUCUCUGACCAAAACCCAACACUACGGAACCUUCAAACUGGGACCCCACCUGCAAAUUUCCCAUUCAUUCAUUUCAAUUAUACUCUGCCAUGCUUUCUUAGCACAAACAACAACUCUCACUCUGUUCUCCUUCUCUUUGCCGAUUAACAAAAUCACUCGAACAAACCCAAGAAUGAAAUCGAUUUUCUCAUCCGAUGCCAAUACACGAAAGAAAACAGUCGGAUAUCGUUUUCAUCCAACAGACUCUGAACUAGUCGGCCAUUUCUUGAAUCGGAAGAUUUCCGGUACGGGUACCGGUACUGACAACGAUAUGCCAAUUUCCGAGGUUAAAAUCUGCGACUUCGAACCAUGGGACCUUCCUGAUCUUUCCCAGGUUAAAUCAGAUGAUCGAGUGUGGUAUUUCUUUUCGAGCCGUGAUUUGAAGUAUUUGAACAGUGGGCGUUCUAAUAGGACGACUAAGCGGGGGCAUUGGAAAGUCACCGGUAAGCAUCGCAAUGUGAAGGCUUUUGGGUCGAAGAAGAUUAUUGGGACGAAGACGACUUUGGUUUUCUACACGAAGAAAGAAGGAUAUCCUAAAGGAGUCAAGACGGAGUGGAUCAUGCAUGAGUACGAGUCCAUUCCCAAGGGGAACUUUGUUGUCUGUAAAUUGAAGACAAAAUUGAAAGGAAAGAUGGUUGGAAAAUGUAAACCAAAUGAACUGGCCUCAGCUCCAGUUUUGGCUUCUGAGAGUGUGAUUACUGCAAACUCAUCUUGUGAGAAUGCCACAACAUCAACUUUGCAAAAUGAAGAAGGCUUUUGCGAAAUGGGGUCUUAUUUUGAAAGUCAAAUUUCGGACAAGAGAAUUGAUGUAUUAAUCUCUGCGGAAGGCGACUGGAGUCCCCUCUCCGAAACACCUCUGAUGACAGAUAUGCGACCAAUCUCUGUGGCUACCAGUUUAGAAAUUAAUGCAACAGAGUCUUCGUCCUUGGAGGAUCCACCAAACUUCUUCGAUGACUGGAUAACCGAUGGCAGCAUUGACUCGGAAUAUUCUCAUCUAUGAAGACAAAGAAAAAGCUUUUACCACGGCAACUUUAUCGCUGCCCAACAAGUUCAGAAACCUUGUUGAUGGUCGACGUGGUUGUAUAUAAAGCUAAGAACUCGCGGAGCUUUUUUAGAUAGAUAGAUGUAUUUUUGUGGGUUACCUUGGUGGAGCUCUAUUUAUGAGUAUUUUGCGCUGAAAGUCUUCAACUGUUUUGUAAAGAUCAUUAGUACUUUAGCAUUAAGGUUUAUACAAGUUUUGAAAUAGGCGACAAUGCUGUAAGUUUGUACAUUGUUGGCCACAAUAUGUUUAUUUUGAAACCCAAUUAAUUAAAAGAAAAAUAGUAUUGGGUUGUA